GUUUUUUCCCCAUAGUCAACGGUCUAUAUCGUUUAUCAAUUCAAUCCACAAUCAAUGAAUUCAUAUCUGCUUCGUACAGUGCAAGUUACGACUUUGUAAUCCCAUCUGGUGCAGGAUAGUGGCUGGAGUGCUAUGGAUGGGCUGAAAAGCGGAUCGCGACGGACCCAUUUCAAGUCACGAAAUGGAUGUAGUCAAUGUAAACGUUCGAGAAUAAAAUGUGAUGAACAAGCUCCCAAAUGCUAUCACUGUCGCCGCCGUGCAGUGAGGUGCGACUUCGAAGAUGACAGGACUAAAUUGAAAACGAUUGGUCAGGGAUAUACUCAGAGCGUAGCACCUACCCCACUAAGAGUCGUCUCCCAUCGCAAGGAACUACAGGUCGAGCCUGCCCCCUUGAUAUUUAUCAAUGUGCUCCCGACAAUGAUCAUGGACCGUGGACAAAGAGAUCUUUUUUCUCACUUCAUAUGUCAGACACGUCAGACUUUACUUUCAAAAGGUGCAGAAAACAUCUUCUGGAAUGUCGAUAUUCCUCAGCAGGCUUUGAAACACGAUUAUCUCUUGAAUGCUAUAUUAGCAUUUUCGGCGUUACACAGAAGCUAUCUACGGCAUCCUCAUGACCCUCAACAUGCCUACGACCUUGACCGAAGCCUCGCUCUACAUCAGGAAUCGGUCAAAUUAUUCAACUCCUCAGUGACCAACAUCACAUCGUCGAAUCUAGGGGCAGCGUAUGGCAUGGUAACACUCUCUGUAAUCUAUUCAUGCGGGCUAGCUCAGGUAGCACAGAACUUGAGAUGCAAGGAUCAUGUUGAGCAAGCCCUAGCUAUCAUGAUGUCCGUAUAUAAGGCACGGCCCCUGAUGGAGGCGCAUGACCAAGAGCUGAAGCGCACGAAUCCUGAACACUCACGAAAAAUUAAACGUAAGAUCAGAAAGCCUGAACCAGCGAGUACUCCACCUACAAUAAAAGCCAUCAAGCUCCAGUACCUACUUGACCAAUCCAACGAGAGCAGUAUCAACAAGGCGAUACUCUCUACCACAAUAACAGGAAUGAGAAAGGUCGAGGAAAUGGGUGGUGCGUCCGGGGACUUCAUCGAUUGGAUCGACGUUGUUCCUCAUCGAUAUUUAGACUUACUGCAGCAAGGAUGCUCCAUGGCUUUACUAAUUCUGAUGGCUUUUGAAAUCGACAAGAUGUUUGCCGACGAGGAGCCGGCAAGAUGGUUCACUUCCCUCUGGAGAGUGAAACUUGUUGAAUUUAUUUGCGAUCAUCUUGGUCCAUUAUGGCAAGCAUACUUGACCUACGAACCGGUACCGAAUCUUCUCGACUUCUGA